AACUCUCUCCAGCGGAGAGGAGAAAAGCCGAAAGCCAAACCGCUCCAUCGUCUCGAACCUUCUCGCCUCCUCUAACCCUUCGCCGCCGCCGCCGAACCCUAACCCUUCCUCGCCGCCGCCGACCUCUGCCGCCUGCCGCCGACGCCGAUUCCACCGCGGACCGACCUCCGCCGCCCUCCGAGAUGGACGACAGCUGCGCGGUGUGCGCGGACGCGCUGGAGUGGGUGGCCUACGGGCCCUGCGGCCACCGGGAGGUGUGCUCGACCUGCGUCGUCCGCCUCCGCUUCGUGGUCGGGGACCGCCAUUGCUGCAUCUGCAAGACGGACUGCCCCUCCGUCUUCGUCACCAAGGCCAUGGGGGACUACACGAGGGUCAUCUCCGAUUUCUCCGCCUUGCCCGCCGCGGCAGGCGAGGGGAAGGUGGGGGAGUACUGGUACCACGAGGAUUCAAGGGCCUACUUCGACGACGCCGACCACUACAAGAUGAUUCGGGCCAUGUGCCGGCUCUCCUGCAGCGUAUGUGAAAGAAUCGAGGCGGAUCAGGCCGGUCAGGCGGCCGCAGCGCAGGCGAAGCGCGGAGACAGCACCUUCGAGACCAUUGGCCUGCUAAGGGGGCAUUUGUCCGAGAAGCAUGGCUUACGCAUGUGCAACCUUUGCUUGGAGGGCAGGAAGGUGUUCAUCUGUCAACAGAAGCUCUACACGCAGGAACAGAUGGCUCGGCACACGCAAACAGGCGACACUGAGGUGGAUGGCUCCGAGGUCGAACGCGGUGGCUUUGCGGGACACCCGAUUUGCGAGUAUUGCAAGAGGGCAUUCUAUGGAGAUAACGAGCUUUACGCGCAUAUGACCAGAGACCACUACUCGUGCCACAUAUGUCAAAGGCGGCAUCCUGGGCAGUACGAUUAUUUCCGGAACUACAAUGAUUUGGAGAUGCAUUUUCGGAAAGAUCACUUCCUCUGCGAAGAUGACGCGUGUUUGGCCAAGAAGUUUGUUGUUUUCCAGAGCGACGCGGAGAUCAACAGACACAAUGCUAUGGAGCAUGGUGGGCGGAUGUCUCGUGCCCAGAGGAAUGCCGCACUUCAGAUACCUACCAGUUUUAUGUACCAAAGGAAUGAGCGAGAUCAAAGGCGCGGCAGAGGUAGGGGCCGUGAUGCUCACCAUGACAGAUCUGACAGGGAUUUCUCAUUACCUGUGGAUGGCAGUGCAACUGCAGACCAUGGCCUUGGAAGUCGACUUGAUAGCGCAGGGGGUUCCGCGAUGCUUGCUGAUGAAUCAUUGUUCCCUCCAUUGCCUGGGUCAAGUAACAAGUGUUCUGCUUCAACACAACAGGGGCUGCAAGGUCUUCCUAAGACCACUCUUGCAUCAAGGCUUCAACAAUCUAGGGAGGGCACCGUGAAGGUACUAAAUUCUGGUCGGCCUCAAACUGCUCAAAAUCCUGAGAUAGUACCUCAUGUUUCCACUUCCACCCACACACGUCCUACACCUGAGCGGGAGCGGAAUGGCAGUGCAACUGCAGAGCAUGGCCUUGGAAGUCUAGUUGAUAGUGUUGCAGGGCCUUUACAGUCAUCAAGUGUCAGUUCGGCCAGUUCUCGUCGAAGCUUAGGGAAUGGUCGCGUGCUUGAACAAUUGUCUUUUCCUCAUCUUCAAGGCCGGGAUAUUCCUGAUGCUAGGAUGGAUGCUGUUUCAGAGGAAACCUCGUUUGCUCCCCUCUCAGAGCAACAAUCAAGUAAUACGCUGGCUCUUAAUCAGAGCUCAAGGGGUUCUGAGAGGCUUGGUGAUGUGUUCCUUCCAUUGCCUGGGUCAAGUAACAAAGGUUCUGCUUCAACACAACAGGGGCUGCAAGCUUUUGCUAAGAACAAACUUGCAUCAAGGCUUGAACAACCUAGGAAGGGCACCGUGAAGGUACUAAAUUCUGGUCGGCCUCAAACCGCUGAAAAUCCUGAGAUAGUACCUCAUGUUUCCACUUCCACCCAGACAUGUCCUACACCUGAGCGGGAGCGGGAUGGCAGUGCAACUGCAGAACAUCAUGGCCUUGGAAGUCUGGUUGAUAGUGUUGCAGGGCCUUUACAGUCAUCAAGUGUCAAUUCAGCCAGUUCUGGUCAAAGCUUACGGAAUGGUGGCGUGCUCGAACAAUUGUCUUUUCCUCCUCUUGGAGACCAGGAUAUUCCUGAUGCUAGGAUGGAUGGUGUUCCUGAAAAAACCUCGUUUCCUCCCCUCUCAGAGCAUCAAUCAAAGCAUGCACUGGCUGUUAAUCAGAGCUCAAGGGGUUCUGCGAAGCAUCAAGCAAAGCAUGCACCGGCUGUUAAUCAGAGCUCAAGGGGUUCUGCGAAGCAUCAAGCAAAGCAUGCACCGGCUGUUAAUCAGAGCUCAAGGGAUUCUGCGAGGCUUGGUGAUGAAUCAUUAUUCCCUCCAUUGCCUGGGUUAAGUAACAAGGGUUCUGCUUCAACACAACAGGGGCUGCAAAGUCUUGCUGAGAACACAUUUGCAUCAAGGCUUCAACAACCUAGGAAGGGCGCCAUGAAGGUACUGAAUUCUUGUCGGUCCCAAACCGCUGAGAAUCUUGAGAUAGUGCCUGAUUUUUCCACUUCCACCGAGGCAUGGCCUACGCCUGAUCAGGGGCUACAUCUCUCUGGGUCUUCUCACCUUCGGAUUGUACCUCAAUCGACAAGAGAUAAUGGGCUCAUGCCACCUGCCUCCAGCGGUUCAGCAUGGAAUUCCAGAGCUCCAAUCAAGAUGAAGCACUCUGUUUCUACCCCUAAUCUUGUUUCUGGUGCGUCCUCUACCCAGGCAUCAUCAAGUAGAGCUUGUGGCAAUAAAAACCAAGUGCCACCACAAAGCAGCCAACCUUUGCCUGUUGCGGAGGAUGUUCGGCAAGCAAACAACGCCCUUGUGGAAAGAAUGCGUGCUGCAUUUGGAAUGGAUGAGGAUAGGUUCUCUGCGUUUAAAGAAAUUGCUUCUGAAUACCGUCACGGCGUCAUUGGUACUUCGGAGUAUCUCUCCUAUGUGGAGCAGUUUGGUAUAUCACAUCUUGUUCCUGAAAUGGCUAUACUGUUGCCUGAUCCUCUGAAGCAGACCGAGCUUGCUGAGGCCUAUUACGCCAACAUGCGCUCUAAAAGCCUGAAAGAAAAUGGCAGCUGUGAAACCAUUACCUUGAAAGAGAAAUUGCUUCAGGAAGGAGAGGCUGUAGUGCUUUCGAAGGAUGGGUAUCGAUCUUCCAGGGAAAGAACCCCACUAUCUGCUGGAGGUGAUCCAGUUGCCAUUUCAAAGGCGUCUAGCACCAGUAGGUUUGUGGGCAAGGGUGGAGGAAGCAGCAGCAGUAAUAACAACAGUAAACAAUCAAAGAAGACGUCGAAGUUUCUCAGAGCUCGGUUGGGCGACAACUCUUUGGCUAUGCUUGAUUUUAGGCAUCCUGAUGAUGUGAGCCCUGAAGGAAACGUUUGGAAGAACGGUGUGGCGCAGAAGCUCUUUUCUGGCAGUGCAAAGAAAUAGCAUCAUUUUUGCGCAGAUCUAGUUUGAUGCAUCCGUUCAGCAGCUGGUUGGUGGUAAAUGGGCACAUUUUGUGAUGUGUGUUUGGCUGCUUGGAGAAGCCGUCGUCUAUGUAGAAGGUCGCUUCGUUCGAGUCUACUAGUUUCGUUUCGUACUGAAUUUUUGCUGGUUUAAAACCUCAGAAGUGAGGAUGGAACUUGAAAUAGUACUGCAGUGUCAUGUUCGUGGCUAGCUAUAACUUUGUGGAAGUGUAGACUGUAUAUUGCACGAAUUCUACCAAUGAUUUUGUGUCUUUCCUAAAAAAACUCUCUAUAGCAUGUUUUAUUGGGUUC